AUGCCGACAUUCGCUGAGAAGUGGAAGCACGAGACUGGCCAAGCCUUCGACCCCGAUCACGCUGCCACAUGUGCCUGCUUCCUUUGCGAUAGUAUCCGCAAGACCCUCCAGUCCAGCCUAGAUCUCAGCUAUGGUGCCGAAAUCAAAACGUGGGCGGAUGAACACGAAAAACUUACCGAUCGAUACCAGACAUAUCUCAAGAUCUGCAAGGAAGAGCUGAACUUCGACAUGCACGCCGCCAAGCUGGACGUCAAGAAGUCAGAACUGGUCGCCAAGCAGACUACUCUGAUCGCCGAGGCGGAGGUCAAGAAGCUGGAGAUGGAUGUCAAGAAGCUGCGAUUGCAGGUCGAGAAGGCUGAACUACAGUCCAAGCUGGGGAAGCGUCCGAUCAAGGAAGAAGAUACGGACAUCUCUCUCUGA